ACUUCAUUCUGAACUAAACUUUCGAUCUACUGGUAGUCAGACUACAUGAAAACACUGGCAGUGUUCCUGAACUAGGAAUGUCAUUUUGACAUCUGAGGAUGAGAUGGAUCAACUAAGGACAUCCUUUUUUCCCUUUUAAUUUGAGUUGAAGGAGCUUCACAUUCCUGGAGCAGAAGAAGUGGAGACAUCUUUUUCAUAACCACCUAUGGAACAGACAUAGCAUCAAAGUAGAGUUGGUUUAAUCAGAUAUAUCCCACCUGUAACUCUCCGGUGACUCCUCUGUCCUGCUACAGAGGCAGAGGUGAAACAGACAUGUCCACCGGCUCAGUAAGUGACGGCGAGGACAUUGAGACGCGUCACGAACGGACUGACGCACCAUUUGAAAGCUACAAAACCAAACGGAACGUUACACAGAGACGAUACACUUCCACCGAGUGCUCAGACGACGCGUUCGUAGGUACUGACGGCGGUUCCGAAGUCCGAACCAAGCGAUCGUACAGCACCGCUGUCGGAGGAAAACAACUUUUCAAAGGGGGUCGACAAAAGGAUGGACAACAGAUGCAAAGGAACGCUGCAAACGCCAGAGAGAGGGCGAGGAUGAGGGUGCUGAGUAAAGCCUUUUCCAGACUGAAAACCAGCCUGCCGUGGGUACCGGCCGAUACCAAACUGUCCAAACUGGACACGCUGCGACUUGCAUCUAGUUAUAUAUCACACCUCCGACAGCUACUGCAAGACAACCACUUCGAGAGCAGCUUUGUACACCCUGUCAACCUGACUUGGCCAUUUGUGAUAGGAAGAUCAGAGGACAACAAGGACAUGACUGCAGCCGGACUGUGUGGAGUUAUUUCAUAGGACAUGAGGGAUCUCCCUCUCUGCUGGGACUGUCCUGUUCUACCCUGGCUGCUGGCUCCCUAUUCUUUACAUAGUGCACUAAAGUAUUGCACUAUAUUGGAAAUAGGAUGGAUGCCAUUUGGAACUAAUUUCAAGUAUUUUUUGUCCUUUGUAUAAAAAUCUCCCUCUCCCCCUCUCUCUCUCUCUCUCUCUCUCUCUCUCUCUCUCUCUCUCU